AUGCCGGCCAAGCAAAAGCAGCCAGUGUAUGUCCUAGGCGUAGGCAUGACCAAAUUCAUCAAGCCACGCGGCAAGGUCGAUUACACGGAACUAGGCUUCGAAGCCGGUGUUAAAGCUAUGCUGGACGCUCACAUCAACUAUGACGACGUCGAGCAAGGAAUCGCUUGCUAUUGCUAUGGCGAUUCUACAUGCGGACAGCGUGUAUUCUAUCAAUUCGGCAUGACCCAGAUCCCCGUUCUCAAUGUAAACAACAACUGCUCCACCGGGUCGACAGGAUUAUCGAUGGCUCGCAAUACCAUCGCUUAUGGUGGAGCCGAUUGUAUCCUCGUCGUUGGUUUCGAGAAGAUGAUGCGUGGUAGUCUCCAGAGCUUCUUCAACGAUAGGCAAAACCCCCUUGGCCCUACUCAUAAGAUGAUGGGUGAGACUCGUGGCUUCACUAAUGCCCCUGGCGCUGCUCAGAUGUUCGGCAACGCCGGACGGGAGUAUAUAGAAAAGUAUGGUGCCAAGCUAGAGGACUUUGCAGAAAUCGGCCGUGUCAACCACGCGCACUCUGUCCACAACCCAUACUCACAGUUCCAAGAUGUCUACACGUUAGACCAAAUCCUUAAGGCGCCUAUGAUACACGAGCCCCUCACCAAGCUCCAAUGCUGUCCGACAUCCGACGGUGGUGCCGCCGCUGUACUAGUAUCGCAAGACUUCCUAGACGCGCGCCCGCACCUAAAAGAUAACGCCAUCCUAAUCGCAGGCCAAUGCUUAGCUACGGACUCACCAUCACUCUUCUCCCGCUCUGCCAUUGACCUAAUCGGCUUCGAUAUGAGUAAGCGCGCAGCCGAGACCGCACUAGGUGAAGCUGGGAUUACAUCGAAGGAUGUCCAGGUCGUUGAGCUACACGACUGCUUCUCAGCUAAUGAGCUUGUAACGUUGGACGCGCUAGGGCUAUGUGAACCGGGGAAGGCGCAUGAAUUGGUGAGGGAAGGGGAUAUUACGUAUGGCGGGAAGUACGUCGUCAACCCCUCCGGUGGCCUGAUAUCUAAGGGCCACCCUCUCGGCGCAACCGGCAUUGCGCAGUGCGCGGAACUCGUCUGGCAUCUGCGCGGAUGGGUGAAUAAUCGUGCUGUACCGAAGACGCGGUACGCUCUCCAGCAUAACCUGGGACUAGGUGGCGCGGCUGUAGUUACUGUGUAUAGUCGACCUGAUAGAGGAUUGGCCCCGACACCAGCAUUGGACUCCGUGGCAGUGGGUCAGAAGAAUGGGCUUGGGUAUAAUCCCGCGGUCGAGGCGAGGGGGUUUGCGGCCGCGCAGUGCAAGAGUGUGCUUAGUAAGAAGGCGUAUAGCUCAUGGGCGUUGCAAGAUACGGAGGAGAAAGUUACGGCGAGGUUUUGA